UUGGAACACAACGUGCUACCUCAAGGCUCCACCUGGCCACACAGCAGGCACUGAGGCUGGGAGACAGCCCCUAGACAGAUGAGUGUCCACGCCUCUUUGAGAGGUGAAUGAGCCCGAGGGGUCCCGACAUACCAAGUCCUGAGGAGCAGCGGCGCCAACGACGCAGGCCCACCCCAGCCUGCCAGUGAGCCGCCCAUGCCCUCUACCCGCCCGGCCCGCCCAGGCCCCCGCCAUGCUGAUCACCGUGUAUUGCGUACGGAGGGACCUCUCCGAGGUCACCUUCUCUCUCCAGGUCAGCCCCGACUUUGAGCUCCGAAACUUCAAGGUCCUCUGCGAGGCGGAGUCCAGAGUCCCCGCCGAAGAGAUCCAGAUCAUCCACAUGGAGCGACUCCUUAUCGAGGACCACUGUUCCCUGGGCUCCUACGGCCUCAAAGAUGGCGAUAUCGUGGUUUUACUGCAGAAGGACUAUGUGGGACCUCGGGCUCCAGGGCGUGCCCCGAACCAGCCUCGUAUAGACUUCGGCGGCAUUGCGGUACCCGGGACGUCCAGCUCCCGUCCGCAGCACCCUGGACAGCAGCAGCAGCGCACACCCGCUGCCCAGCAGUCACAUGGCUUGGCCUCAGGAGAGACGGUGGCCGGCCCGCAAGGUCUGGGCAGCCCCGCCCUGAUCCGCAGCAUGCUGCUCUCCAACCCGCAUGAUCUAUCCCUGCUCAAGGAACGCAACCCUCCCUUGGCCGAAGCCCUGCUCAGCGGAAGCCUUGAGACCUUUUCUCAGGUGCUGAUGGAGCAGCAAAGGGAAAAGGCCUUGAGAGAGCAAGAGAGGCUUCGUCUCUACGCGGCCGACCCACUGGAUCGGGAAGCUCAGGCCAAAAUAGAAGAGGAAAUCCGGCAGCAGAACAUUGAAGAAAACAUGAAUAUAGCGAUAGAAGAGGCCCCCGAGAGUUUCGGACAAGUGACGAUGCUCUACAUUAACUGCAAAGUGAAUGGGUAUCCUUUGAAGGCUUUUGUUGACUCGGGCGCCCAGAUGACCAUUAUGAGCCAGGCUUGUGCCGAGCGAUGUAACAUCAUGAGGCUGGUGGACCGACGGUGGGCUGGGGUUGCUAAAGGAGUGGGCACACAGAGAAUUAUUGGCCGUGUUCAUCUAGCUCAGAUUCAAAUUGAAGGUGAUUUCUUACAGUGCUCUUUCUCCAUACUUGAGGAUCAACCCAUGGAUAUGCUUCUAGGCCUAGAUAUGCUCCGGAGACAUCAAUGUUCCAUCGAUUUGAAGAAAAAUGUGCUGGUCAUCGGCACCACUGGCACGCAGACUUACUUUCUUCCUGAGGGAGAGUUGCCCUUAUGCUCUAGGAUGGUAAAUGGGCAAGAUGAGUCUUCCGACAAGGAAAUUACACAUUCGUUCAUGGAUUCAGGACGAAAAGAGCAUUAAAGCACGUUAUAAAUAUGUUACCACCUUGAGGGAGCCUCAGGUCCCUGGAAAUUAUAUGAUAAGAGCUCACUGGCAAUGUAAUCAUUAAAAAACAUCAGUAACAACUAAA